AUGGCCUUGUCUUUCUACGGGCUCUUGGAGGCGGCGUUGCUUAUUCUUAACGGUAUCGCUAUUCUUCAUCGCGAACGUUUCCUAAAGAAGUACGGGUUUGCCGUUCCCACGCAUUCGUUUGAGUCUGACUCCGGUUCGAUAAAGACUCAACUGAUCAGUCUUAUUUUGGCGGUUCAGACUGUUAUGCGUAUGCCUCUUAUUGGCAUUAACAUUGCUGUCAUUGCGUUCAAACUCAUUCUUGGAUAA